AGUUAAAAUCACGUUCCCUCCUUGGUACUUCCUCAGUCCCUAUCGGAAGCUGAGACUUCUCUGCACUUCGGAGUCCUCUCUCUCUCUCUGCUGAAAAAGGCUUUGAUUGAGAAACGAUUCGUAUUCGCAUCAGAUCUGAAGCAGGGAGAAUUCACAGAGAACAGAAAGAAAUCUAUUCAAAAUGUCGAGCGGAAUCGACGAUUUUGACGAAGACGAGCUUCUGCAAUUCGCCUUACAAGAGCAAGCAGAGAGAGACCUCAAUUACCGAAAUCCCCAAGUUUCCAAGUCUUCCAAGCCUUCCAAGCCAGUCGUUAAUCUCAUUCAGCCACCUCCGCCCAAAAACACUAGCUCUAAGCCUUCUCAGGUCCUGAAAUCUCGUCGAGCUGUUGACGAUGGCGAUGAUUCGGAGGUCGAGAUGCUUAGUAUAUCAUCCGGCGAUGAGGAUUAUUCCAAGGACGGUGGUAACGCUGCAAAGAAUCGUGCUUCUGUCGGUAGUGGAAGAGGGAGAGAUGAUGCGGUUGAUCGGGGUUGGGAUGGUGAUGAACCGUAUCGCUGGAAGCAAGUCGACGAGGCCGAGCUUGUUCGUAGGGUUCGUGAAAUGCGGGAAACAAGGAUAAUUUCUGUACCUCAAACCUUGGAACGGAAGGGUUCAACAUUGGGUCAAAAAGGGCUUAACAAUAUACAUUCCUUCCCUCGAGGAAUGGAAUGUGUGGAUCCACUGGGGCUGGGGGUCAUAAAUAACAAGUCAUUGAGGUUGGUCACUGAGACUUCAGAAAUUUCCCCAGCCACACUUGAUAAGGAUUAUUUAGAUACUAGCACUCGUGAAAAAUUGAUGUAUUUCUCUGAGAAGUUUGAUGCAAAGCUAUUUCUAUCCCAAGUACAUCAAGACACAAGUGGAGCAGACUUGGAGGCUGGUGCUCUUACACUCAAAAGUGAUCUUAUAGGACGUACUCAGCAGAGAAAACAAUUAGUUAAAGAAAAUUUUGACUGUUUCGUCUCUUGCAAGACUACAAUUGAUGAUAUUGAUUCAAAAUUGAAGCGAAUAGAAGAAGAUCCUGAAGGAGCAGGAACUGCUCAUUUGUUUAACUGUAUGCAAAACGUCAAUUCACUGGCGCAUCGUGCUUUUGAGCCUCUUUUUGAGAGACAGGUUCAAGCCGAGAAGAUCAGGUCUGUUCAAGGAAUGCUCCAGAGAUUCCGAACACUAUUCAAUUUGCCAAGCGUAAUACGCGGGAGCAUCAGCAAGGGUGAAUAUGACUUGGCAGUAAGGGAAUACCGGAAAGCAAAGUCGAUUGUUCUGCCUUCCCAUGUGGGAAUUCUAAAACGUGUUCUUGAGGAGGUGGAAAAACUGAUGCUUGAGUUCAAAGGCAUGCUUUACAAGUCCAUGGAAGAUCCACAAAUUGACCUGGCAGAUCUUGAAAACAUUGUGAGACUGUUGUUGGAGCUGGAACCUGCGUCAGACCCUGUAUGGCAUUAUCUAAAUAUUCAGAAUGACAAGAUUCGAGGGUUGCUUGAAAGAUGUGCCAUAGAUCAUGAAGAAAAGAUGGAAGCUUUGCAUAAUGAGAUCCGUGAGAGAGCACUCUCUGACGAAAGGUGGAGGCAGAUCCAGCAAGAUUCAAACCAAUCUUAUCAGUCAGAUGUCGACUGUUCCCUCCUUGGGGAUGCCCCUGUGCCAGUAGAUUCAGAAGUGGAUGCUCUAAGAGGAAGGUAUAUCCGCAGGUUAACUGUGGUGCUUAUCCAUCAUAUACCUGCCUUCUGGAAAGUGGCACUUUCUGUGUUCAGUGGGAAAUUUGCGAAGGUUUGGUUGGAUGAGUCAAGAUCUGGUUCUUUCUCCAUUUAUUAUGAAUCAUCCCAAGCUUCUGCGGAAUUGAAUGUCAAAGCUUCCAUCAAUAAGGUUGGUGACAAAGGUGAUGUGAAGUAUUCAAGUCAUUCUCUUGAUGAAGUUGCUGGAAUGAUACACAGUACAAUGUCAGCCUAUGAAGUCAAGGUCCAUAACACUUUUCGUGAUCUUGAAGAAUCAAAUAUUCUUUGUCCAUACAUGAGUGAUGCCAUAAAGGAGAUAUUAAAGGCAUGCCAAACUAUUGAAGGAAAAGAGUCAGCUCCUCCGAGUGUUGUUACAAGUUUACGCACACUUCAUGUGGAGAUCACAAAGAUCUACAUACUCAGAUUCUGCUCGUGGAUGCGGGCUAUGACUGAAGAAAUAGCAAAAGAUGAAUUAUGGAUCCCCGUGUCCGUUCUUGAACGAAACAAAUCCCCAUACACAAUAUCUUUAUUGCCUCUAUCUUUCCGCACAAUGAUGAGCUCUGCAAUGGAUCAGAUCAGUUCGAUGAUUCACAGCCUAAGGAGUGAGGAUAUGAAAUCAGAUAACAUGUUUCUGCAACUUCAAGAAAUUCAAGAAUCUGUGAGGCUUGCAUUUCUGAACUGUUUUGUGGAUUUUGCAGCUCAUCUGGAACGUAUUGGGGGUGAAAUCUCUCAGAAUAAGUUGAAUCAAGAAACAUCACAUGUAGAAAAUGGAUAUUUUCAACCUCAAGCGAAAGGUCAUAGUCUUCACCCUGGCAAUGUUUGUGAUCCUCAUCAAAAGCUGUUGAUAGUAUUAAGUAAUAUUGGAUAUUGCAAAGAUGAGCUUUCACAUGAGUUGUACAACAAAUACAAAUAUAUCUGGCUGCAGCCUAGGGAUAAAAAUGAAGGGGACAGUGAUAUACAAGAUUUGGUAAUGUCUUUCUCUUCACUUGAGGAGAAGGUCCUGGCACAGUAUACUUUUGCAAAGGGGGUACAACUUAUGCCGCGCUCAAUUUUACCCACAUCUUCCCCACAUGGUCAUUAGCUUGAUCUGGUCAGGAUGUUUGAGCCCUCUAUUUAUUCAAACCCCACAACGUCUAUAUUG